UCUGGAGGCUGGACAUUUGGCGACACGAGACAAUCUCGAAAGAGCAAGUGUGUUCCAGCACGUAGACGAAACAAAGGGGGAGUAUGCAAACGAGAAAGUGUCGCUAAAGGGCGGUCGUGUGAAAUGUGGGUCGUAUUAUUGGAAACUGGGCAGUGGGCAAAUAAGAGAAAGUGAUGACACGGCGCAGGUAACGGUGCGCUGGCCUAGAUACAGCGCCGUCGCAGUCAGUAGUGUGUUCUGAGGCAGGCAGCGCGGAGCAUGUAGCCUACAAUGCCGUCAACGCUGCCACCCCUCCCCCUCCUGCUAGUGCUGAGUCUGACAGCAGGACCAGGUAGUGGUUAUGACUCCGGAUACACGACGUGUUCCAAGCCAUUCAGGUCAUCCAAGAGUCGCAGCGAAAUACCGUGUGACUUCCGCAACCAGAACUGGUGCACUAUACCUGGCACAGCCUACCCCUGGAGAGCUGUUCGUCGGUUUGUCUACGAGAACCACGGACUCAUGAGAAGAAUGUACGGUGAUGAAAGACAUAUUUCAGUGCUUCGAUCAGAAAUAGAGUCCAACGACGUUGAAUACCAGAGUGAGAGCGGUUGGUCGUUUCAUGACGGGAUUUUGAAAAACUACCAUCCGAGGACUAGUAGUUCCUCGGCACCGACGAAGCCGACUCCAACCACAACCACGACGACACCGGAACCGAGCACUCGAUCGUCUACAGCGGAGUCUGUGACGGAAAACACCAACGCAACUGAAGACCCGUAUACUCUGUCUAGUGAGCAGUUCACGACAGAGGCGAAUCUAGAGACGACAGCAGAUUACGAGGCAACGACUGUCAACAGCUCAGAGAGUGAGCAGAAGUCUCAGCCGCAGCCACAGCUGUUUGAGAAAGACCAGACAACGACAGAGGAGACUCAGCUGUACAAGCUGCGAGGAGUAAAUGCAUGCCCGGUGAAGGAAGAAGUAGUUGCGCCAUUCUGGGCCAAUAAUACGAGAGGGGAAGUGCUCGCUUUACUCAAUCUCUACCCCUUCGAGCAAUAUGUUCACUGGGAGAGGUGUACGUUUGAGAACAAGCAGAUGUUCUGCAGGCAAGGUUGCCGUUGUGAGCAGCAGUACAGACUGCACCGUCUGCUUGCUUACGACCCAAACAACGACUGCCGAGGGAUCUUCUCCGAUUGGUUCAAGUUUCCCUCGUGCUGCGUCUGCCGUUGUUACGACUUACCGAGCGAGCUGAGGCUGACUUCACGGAGUCCACGGUUCUCAAAGCUUGCAAAAGAAGACGACGAAGAAAGAUAGUUUCUACUCAAUCCUGGAGAUUUCGAAAUGUGAUAAUUGUUGGUGUGAAUUUGCUUUGCCUAGUUUUAGUAUUUAGCGGCUCAUUUUGAAACACAAUGUUCAGAAAUGUACAAAAACCAACAAUCUCAAGACUGACCAUUUUGUAGAUUUAAGUUUAAUGUAAUUGAUUAAGUUUUUCAGUUGAAGGAAUUUUAUACGUUUUUUUAUUGGAUGUGAUUACAAAAAAACAUUGUAAAGGAUUUAUUUAAGUGUUAAAGCAAUAAUAACCAAGUUUAAGUUUAAUUAUACAAUAGGUACCCUAUGUUCAAUAAUAAUUUCUUUCUUAUGUGUUUUAUUUUCUUUUGUAAAUUUUUUAUUCUUAAAAUGAAUAAUUCUUAUUCGUUAUAGUUUUUAAAUUUUACAGUUAGAAAGAGAUGGUAUUGAUAGACACGUUCAAAUGUAAUAAUAGUCUAUAUGGGAGAUUUUAUUACAUUAGAAAACAAAACACUAUAUUUCAUUUUCAUAUGAUUCAAAGUUUCAGUUUUUCUUUUGAACUUGCUUGAUAAACAUUACAAAGAAAAAUACAUGACAUUAAUCAUGUCCAUUGUGAAUUAAUGAUAUUAUGUAAAAGACAAACUAAAUUAUAAAUAUCGUUGUAAAUAAAAUUAAGUAAGAAAUUGCUGUAAUAUGUGUUGUA